AUGGCUGAAUCAGAAAAUGGUUGGAAAUUUGCUCAAUGUUUCGGUGAUAAAGGCGAGGUCGAGGACAUUACAGAAGCUGAUAUUAUUUCGACCGUCGAAUUUGACCACACCGGUGACUAUCUUGCGACUGGCGAUAAAGGAGGGCGUGUGGUCUUAUUUGAACGUAAUGAAGGGAAAAAAGGUUGCGAAUAUAAAUUCUAUACAGAAUUUCAAUCACAUGAACCUGAAUUCGACUAUCUUAAAAGUUUAGAGAUUGAAGAAAAGAUUAACAAGAUUAAAUGGUGUAAGCGACAGAAUUCUGCACAUUUUCUAUUAUCUACUAAUGACAAAACCAUCAAGUUAUGGAAAGUUUUUGAAAAAUCGUUGAAAGUAGUGGCAGAGAAUAAUUUAAGUGAUGGAUUGAAGCCUCAGAAUGGAAAAAUUCAAAAUCUUCGAUUGCCAAAACUUGCACAACAUGACACGAUCAUUGCAGCUGUUCCUCGUAAAGUAUAUGCAAAUGCUCACGCAUAUCAUAUCAACUCUAUAUCCAUCAAUUCUGAUGGUGAGACAUAUAUAUCUGCUGAUGAUUUGAGAAUUAACUUAUGGAACUUGAAUAUCAGUGAUCAAAGCUUUAAUAUUGUUGAUAUCAAACCAGCAAAUAUGGAAGAACUUGUUGAAGUUAUUACAGCAGCAGAAUUUCAUCCAAUUCAUUGUAAUUUGUUUAUGUACAGUAGCAGUAAAGGAACCAUAAAAUUAAGCGACAUGAGGAUAUCAGCUUUGUGUGAUCAACAUGCAAAAAGUGAGAACAAUAUGUUUGAAGAACAAGAAGAUCCAGCCAACAAAUCAUUUUUCUCAGAAAUUAUUUCAUCUAUUUCUGAUGUAAAGUUUAGCAAAGAUGGAAAAUAUAUUUUAUCCCGUGAUUAUUUGACAUUGAAAAUUUGGGAUAUAAAUAUGGAGAACAAACCACUGAAAACAAUCAAUAUUCAUGAUCAUUUAAGAACAAAAUUGUGUGAUUUAUAUGAGAAUGAUUGUAUUUUUGAUAAAUUUGAAUGCACAUUCAGUGGUGAUGGACAAAAUGUUUUGACAGGAUCAUAUGACAAUUAUUUUCAUAUUUAUGAUCAAGAAGGUUUAACUGACAUUUCUUUACAAGCUGAUAAAAGUGCAUUCAAAGCUAAACGUGUUGGGUCAAAGAGUAAGCCACUUCGUGGAAGAGUUAAAAAAGAUGAGAUUAAUGUAGAUAAUAUUGAUUUUAAUAAAAAAAUUCUUCAUGCUUCGUGGCAUCCAAAUGAAAAUUCUAUUGCUGUGGCUGCAACAAAUAACCUCUUUAUUUUCACGUAA